GUCCAAGUUCCCCGGACCGAUCCAUGGGUCGAGCUCUCCUCCAGUCGUCGUCUUGCUGAACCUCCCUGCUCCCGAUAUAUACGGUCGCUUUUCGCACCUCUCGUCUCUCCCCCAGAUAUACUUCCACCCCCAUAUAUGUCCUUGUAUCCCUAGUGCCCUCCUCCCACACUUGACCGCUGCCCACCGCCUUAACACUUGUUGACUUUGCGACGUGCCUCCGCUACCCCUGAUUCCGCCGCCACUCCUACUAUCAGAACUUCUGCAGUCAUGGCAUCCACCUCCGGGGUAGGGUCGUAUUCGAACCCUCUGAAGAAAUUCAAGCUGGUUUUCUUGGGCGAGCAGAGUGUUGGAAAAACCUCAUUGAUCACACGGUUCAUGUACGAUUCAUUCGACAACACGUACCAAGCUACCAUUGGAAUCGAUUUCUUGUCAAAGACUAUGUACCUGGAAGACAGAACUGUGCGCCUUCAACUUUGGGACACAGCUGGUCAAGAACGUUUCCGAUCUUUGAUUCCUUCCUACAUCCGUGACUCCAGUGUCGCUGUGGUGGUCUACGAUAUCUCCAACGCCAAGUCUUUCCAGAACACACGCAAAUGGAUCGACGAUGUACGGGGUGAACGCGGUAACGAUGUCAUCAUCGUUCUGGUGGGCAACAAGACCGAUCUGAACGACAAGCGCGAGGUCACGACGGCGCAGGGCGAGGAGGAGGCGAAGAAGAACGGCUUGAUGUUCAUUGAGACCAGUGCUAAAGUCGGCCACAACGUGAAGCAGCUUUUCAGGAGAAUUGCGCAAGCCCUACCGGGCAUGGAGGGUGAAGCCAACCGGGGAGACAACCAGAUGAUCGAUGUCAACAUCACUCCGAAAGAGACCACGACCAACGACGGAUGCGCCUGCUAGAUAUUGUACUCUCUAAUUCGUUUUAUUCCGGCCAUACUCCCUACUUGCGAUCCCUCUCCAUCUGUGCCUGAAUCUCAAUGAUGAGG